AUGUCUCUCUCCAACACUUUUAGUCUCUUUCUAUCCUCGUCUCUUAAUCUCUCCAAUCAUUUAAAUCUCUUUCACAGUCUUAGUCUUUCGAUCCAAUCUCGCUCUAACACUUUUAGUCUCUUUCUAUCCUCGUCUCUUAAUCUCUCCAAUCAUUUAAAUCUCUUUCACAGUCUUAGUCUUUCUAUCCAAUCUUUCACUCACCGUCUCGAAUUUCUCAAUUCUCUAUUCAAUUUAUUUUUUUCUCGACUAUCAUUUUUUUCUAUCGCCACAAGUUUCUCUCCUCAGACAUCGCAACACUCUCCGAUUCUACUCUGUCAGUCUGUUUGUCUGUCUGUCUUUUUCUCUUCCCCCCUCACUCUCUAUCUUUCAUUCUACUCCUCACUUUCCUACUUCUUUCUCUUUGUUAUUAUCCCAACUACUCUCUAUUUUCUACUCUCUCUUUUAUAUUCUUUCGUUUCUACUCUCUCUGUUCUACUCUCUCUGUUCUACUCUCUCUGUUCUACUCUCUCUGUUCUACUCUCUCCCUUUUCUACCCUCUUGUUUCUACACUCUUUUUUCCUACUCUCAUUUCUAUCUCUGCUCUUCUCUCUCUUUUCUACUUUCUCGUUUCUACUCUCUCUUUUCUACUCUCUCUUUUCUACUCUUCCGUAUCUACUCUCUCCCUUUUCUACUCUCUCGUUUCUACUCUCCCUCUUUUCUCUUCUCUUGUUUCUACACUCUUUUUUACUACUCUCUCUUUUCUAUCUCUUUUCUACUCUCUCGUUUCUAUCUCUUUUCUACUCUCUCGUUUCUACUCUCUCUGUUCUAUUCUCUCUUUUCUACUCUCUCGUUUCUACUCUCUCUCUUUUCUACUCUCUCUUUUCUACUCUCUCUUUUCUACUCUUCCGUUUCUACUCUCUCUUUUAUAUUCUUUCGUUUCUACUCUCUCUGUUCUACUCUCUCCGUUCUACUCUCUCCCUUUUCUACUCUCUUGUUUCUACACUCUUUUUUCCUACUCUCAUUUCUAUCUCUGCUCUUCUCUCUCUUUUCUACUUUCUCGUUUCUACUCUCUCUUUUCUACUCUCUCUUUUCUACUCUCUCUUUUCUACUCUCUCUUUUCUACUCUUCCGUUUCUACUCUCUCUUUUAUAUUCUUUCGUUUCUACUCUCUCUGUUCUACUCUCUCUGUUCUACUCUCUCCGUUCUACUCUCUCCCUUUUCUACCCUCUUGUUUCUACACUCUUUUUUCCUACUCUCAUUUCUAUCUCUGCUCUUCUCUCUCUUUUCUACUUUCUCGUUUCUACUCUCCCCCUUUUCUCUUCUCUUGUUUCUACACUCCUUUUUACUACUCUCUCGUUUCUAUCUCUUUUCUACUCUCUCUCUCUUUUCUACUCUCUCGUUUCUACUCUCUCGUUUCUAUCUCUUUUCUACUCUCUCUCUCUUUUCUACUCUCUCUGUUCUAUUCUCUCUUUUCUACUCUCCCUCGUCAGUUUCAACUUUGAACUCUUUUCUCAACUCUCCUCGUUUAUACUUUUCUCUUUCUUUUCAACCUAGUCGCCACUUUCUGAGCUUUCCUUUACAUUUUGAACCUUCCGCCUUACACUCCCUUAGAGACUUCAUUGAGUUCUCUCUAUCACCCUCGUACUCGCUUCAUUCCAUUCCAAUCUCUCUUUCUUUGCUCUUACAUUUUACAAUCAUUGCCGCUCUCCAUCUCCAAGCACCUUACUCUCCCCUCUCUCUCGCCUCGCCCAACUCUAGCUUUCAAUCUUCAAUGCUUGUCUCAUUACCGACACUGUCGUGCGGAUCCUCUGUUGGCGUUGUUGUGGAAUCCGCUUUCGCGAAAGCAGGCAGGAAUAGCAGCAGCAGCAGCAGCAUAUGCCGUAAUUUCACAAUAAUCUAUCUAUCUAUCUAUCUAUCUAUCUAUCUAUCUAUCUAUCUAUCUAUCUAUCUCUACACACACACAUAUAUAUAUGUCAUACACUUCCUUAAUUAUUUCUUCUUCUUCUUCUUCUUCUUCUUCUUCUUCUUCUUCUUCUUCUUCUUCUUCUUUUAA